GGCAGUUGAGUGGAUGCCAAACUUUCCACUUCUCCUCCACUUUUUGAUCUUUCCCUUUUUGCCCCUCCUGUUCGAAAAAGACAAAAAUGAUUAAAAAUUAAGCCACAAAAGCAUUAUAAAAAUCUCGAAUAAAAACACAGACAUCUCUGCGCUUGGAUUGGAUUUUUCGAAGAACUCCAUUGAAGGGAAGAGAGAGAAAGCAUAAAGUGGGAGGGAGGGUGAGAGAGACUGUGGGGGAGAGGGGGAAGGAGGCGUCACUCCCAGCACCGAAAUAGCACUGCCCGAAAAAGGUGAAGGCGAAAGGGGUGCGUAGGAUAAGCAGAAGCUGCCGUUGUUCACUUUCUUUCUUUUGUUGUUGUGAUAGUCAUGAAGGGCCGCUGACGUUGAAUCUUGUUAAGCCUCCCGUGCUAAAAAGGUCGAGUCUUUUUGAGUUAUUCCAUCUGGGUUUUGGUGGGUUGGUAGCUGUGAUGGACGGCGCGCAUUAUAGCAAUGGCCAUCGGAGAAGGAAGCUGGAAAUGACGUUGUUGUUGGCGUGCUUAUGUGGCCUGAUCUCGCUAUCUUGCGCGGGGAGGCCGUCUGUCUCGAGGCAGAAGCUGCAGGUUGAGAAGCAUUUGAAACGCCUGAAUAAACCUCCCAUUAAGACCAUUGAGAGUCCAGAUGGUGAUAUCAUUGACUGUGUGCCCAUCUCUCAUCAGCCAGCCUUUGAUCACCCCUUUCUCAAAGACCACAAAAUUCAGACAAGGCCUAGCUACCAUCCAGAAGGGCUCUUUGAUGACAACAAGGUGUCCAAUUCCAAAGGCCCUAAAGAGAGAAGCAGUCCUAUGUCUCAGCUGUGGCAUAUGAAUGGCAAAUGCUCCGAGGGUUCGAUCCCGAUUAGAAGAACAAAGAAAGAAGAUGUGUUGAGGGCUAGCUCUGUUAAGAGAUAUGGCAAGAAAAAGCACAGAAGCAUUCCCAAGCCUAGGUCUGCUGAUCCUGACCUCAUCAACCAAAGUGGUCAUCAGCAUGCAAUAGCCUAUGUUGAAGGAGACAAGUAUUACGGCGCGAAAGCAACUAUCAAUGUGUGGGAGCCUAAGAUACAGCAGCCUAAUGAGUUCAGCUUGUCUCAGAUUUGGGUGUUGGGUGGUUCUUUUGGUGAAGAUCUCAACAGCAUUGAAGCUGGUUGGCAGGUCAGCCCUGAUCUCUACGGUGACAACAACACGAGGCUCUUCACUUACUGGACAAGCGACGCAUAUCAAGCAACCGGGUGCUACAACCUUCUCUGCUCGGGCUUCAUUCAAGUGAACAGCGAGAUAGCAAUGGGGGCGAGCAUCUCCCCUGUUUCAGCAUUUAGGAAUUCACAGUAUGAUAUUAGCAUUCUUGUUUGGAAGGAUCCAAAAGAGGGGCACUGGUGGAUGCAGUUUGGGAACGACUACGUGUUAGGAUACUGGCCGUCGUUCUUGUUCUCGUACCUAGCGGACAGUGCUUCGAUGAUCGAGUGGGGCGGGGAGGUGGUGAACUCGGAGCCAGACGGGCAGCACACCGCGACCCAAAUGGGCAGCGGGCGUUUCCCGGAAGAAGGGUUUGGCAAAUCAAGCUACUUCAGGAACAUCCAUGUUGUGGACAGCUCCAACAACCUCAAAUCCCCCAAAGAGCUAGGAACCUUCACUGAGCAAUCCAACUGCUAUGAUGUUCAGACAGGCAACAAUCAAGAUUGGGGCCAUUACUUCUACUAUGGAGGCCCAGGCAGAAACCCUAAUUGCCCAUGAACAAGGAAAAACACAACUGUAUAAUCAAAAUCUAUGUAAUGUAAUAACCACUUAUUUGUUUUCUAGUUUUAGUAAAAUGUAACCUAUGUAGGUGGAAAUUUUUGACCCUUUUCUUUUCCCUGAAAAAGUUGUCCAUGUAAGUGAACAAGGAGGGAAAAAGUGGCUAAGUUUCUUGAAAAAAAACAGGCCCUUUGUCAUUUUCUAUGUAAUGUUAUAAAUAUAUAUCAUUGCUUGUUUUGCUCA